UAGUUAAGGGUUGAGCGGUUUACGGUUUUUCCGGCUUCGUCUAUAGUCAUGGCCGCAGUGCUGCCACCUGUGGGACGAUAGAUGUAAUGUAGUGGAUGUGACGUCAUUGACAUUACUGUCCGACGGGAAUGGGAAAUCAGAAAUGGCUGCGAUAGGUAGUGGACGGGGAACGAUGGAUUCCCAAAAUCAAGUGCAAAGUGAUACAACUGUAGACCGUUUAAAAUUACUUUAUCCAAAUGUGAAUGAAGAAGAAACCCCUUUGCCGCGAUCAUGGAGUGCCAAGGACAAGUUCAGCUACAUCGGGCUGUCGCAAAAUAAUCUCCGAGUGCACUACAAAGGUGGGACGCAGGGUCCGGGACGAAGACCCCACCUGCCAUAUCUCCACUUACGCCUCUGGAUGUAUCGCCAUGGCAAAACACACAAGGACGCGGCGAGUGUCCGCGCCACACACCCCAUACCUGCAGCCUGCGGGCUGUACUACUUCGAGGUGCGGAUCGUGUCGAAGGGCCGCGACGGGUACAUGGGCAUCGGGCUGUCGGCGCACGGGGUCAACAUGAACAGGCUGCCAGGCUGGGACAAGCACUCAUACGGGUACCACGGCGACGACGGGCACUCGUUCUGCUCGUCCGGCACCGGGCAGCCGUACGGGCCGACGUUCACCACCGGCGACGUCAUCGGCUGCGGCGUCAACCUAGUCGACAACACCUGCUUCUACACCAAGAACGGUCACCAUCUGGGCAUCGCCUUCCGGGGGCUGCCGCCCAACCUAUACCCGACGGUGGGUCUGCAGACGCCGGGCGAGGUGGUGGACGCCAACUUCGGGCAGCAGCCGUUCGUGUUCGACAUCGAGGACAUGCUGCGCGAGCUGCGCGCGCGCACCCGCCUCACUAUAGAUGAGUUCCCGCUGCCGGACGCGCAGGGCCAGUGGCAGCAGGUGUUGCACAGGAUGGUGUCCACAUACCUGGUGCACCACGGGUACUGCAGCACGGCCACGGCCUUCUCCCGUUCCACCGGACAACCCAUACAAGAAGAAAUACAGUCUAUAAGGAACAGACAGAAAGUAUCGAAGUUAGUGCUAUCGGGUCGCAUCGGCGAAGCGGUGGAGUUGACUCGGAGGCUGUACCCGGGACUCCUGGAGCGGGAGAAAGAACUCUUGUUUCUGCUGCAGUGUCGGCAGUUCGUGGAGAUGGUCAACGGCACGGAGCAGGGGGAGGCUGGCUCGGCGACGGCGACGGCGGAGAACGGCGCCAGCAACGGCGUGGCCACCUCCGUCAUCUCGCACACGAGUCGCGCGCCGAGACACACCAACGGUGUGUCGGAGAGUGGGUCGCGGUCAGGGUCGGGGUCGGGGUCGGGGUCGGGGUCGGGGUCGGGCAAGGACUCGGACGUGGAGAUGUCGCCGGAGCCCGAGGCCGAGCACAAGCACGACGCCAACGGCGCGCCGCACGGUGCGGAGCCGGUCAAGGGCAUGCCCGGCGUCACGGCCAGCGUGCACCAGCUCAUGCCGGACUUCCACAAGGACGCAGAGGGUUGCGGCAACCGCGCCUCCGUGGAGAGGAUGCUCGCGUUCGGGCGCGAGCUGUACGCGGCCAGCCAGAAGCUGAACCAGGACAACUACCACAAAGCCAUGCUCGAGGACGCGUUCAGUUUAUUGGCGUAUAGUAAUCCAUGGGACAGCCCCGUGGGCUGGCAGCUUCAGCCCGUCAGGCGCGAGGCGGUGUGCGAGGCGCUCAACUCUGCCAUAUUAGAAUCAAUGGGCAUGCAGUGGACGUCGCCGGUGGAGGCGUGCGUGUCGCACUCGCGCGCGCUGCUGCGCCGCAUGUCGCGCGCCGGGCUCGGCGCAUGCGCCUUCGCCGACCUGCCCGCGCUGCUGCGCCGCUGACUGUACACACCCGUGCCCACUCCCCGGC